AUGAGAAAUCUCAAGUGUGAAUCAUUGGAUCCGGAAUUCGCCAAAUUCGAUAUAUGUGAGCUAACUCAAGCUGCCGACCUAACUAAAAUGAAUAUCAUAUUGCGUUUGUUUAAAGUGCCCGUUACGAAUUGGUUUUGCACUGCUCAGAUAGUUUAUCAGAAAUCGCUAAGUGUACCCCUGCUCAAUAAUACCUGGGACAUUUGCGAUUUUAUGCGAAAACGCAAACGCGGUAAUGUUUUUUCACGCAUUUACGCUUACCUAGGUCCCUAUACAAAUCUGAAUCAUAGCUGUCCUUUUAAUCAUGACAUUUAUGUGCAAAAUUUGACCAUUAUGGGAAAGAAGACUUUGGUUCCCAUGCCAAAUGGGAACUACAGGAUCAACUUUAUCUUUCUAACCGAUGGCAAGAAACGUUUUUUGGUCAAUUUUAUUUUAGGAGUUAAGAAUUAA